UAAUUGGCUGUACUGAUGACAGUUCUGCUGAGGUAUCGUGGAGUGACGGAGGGGACUCUCAGUAUUACCGUGUUAUGUUCAGCACAGACAGGUUUCUUCUAACUCACAAGAAGUUUAUCCAGUGACGAUUACAAAACACACAGACGGAAGUGACGUGUAUAGUCAAAAUAUAGACAAUCUGGAUGGAGGCCAUGUAUAUUUCUUUAAGGUUGUGGCGUACAAUAAGUACGGAAACACAACAUCGACAGAUGCUGUCGGCUGUACUGUUCAUGAGCCAUGUUCUAGUGGAACUGACAGUAUGUAUGUCACUGGAGUUGUACUGACGGUCACUGGCGUACUCACGCUAUUGUUCACAGUUGGAAUCGAGAUUUAUUUCAGACGAAAUGGAAGACUAUGUCAUAGAACACGUCAGCUUCCAAAACAGAAGGAAUACCAGGAUGUGCAACUUUCGGAUCGAGGUGGCAGACUUCAAAGCGAAAAUGAAAGAUCUCCAUAUCAACAACUUGAUACUAAUGAGGUUGCCAAGCCGUCCGUGUACUCUGAAAUCGGAGGACAUCAUCAUGUUAACCAAAUUGAUCCUGACAAUGAAGGAGAUGCUGGAAAGUACGAGUCGUUGGAGGGACGUUCGAAUCCAAACGUUUAUGAAGAACUUCAUACUACUACGUCUGGUAACAGAGGGACAUAUAUCAAUACUACCUUCGCUUGUAGAGAUUAGUGUUUAUACAACAUCAUGAAACGAUGCGAUGUUUCAUCAUGUGGGGUUGGAGACAGGCGAACAAGGAAGACAUUGCCAAGUAGUUAUAUUUGUGAAAUAAAACCUUGAAUGACAUUAGCGUUUUCAAAUGAAUAAACACAUGAAAAUGAUUCAUAGAGACACAGAUUAAUUGUUAGUUGAUCGUUUGUCCAUCUUGUCAUUAAAAGUGUUAUUGGUAUAUGAUCGAUUUUGUUAAUGUAUUCGGUUAAUUCCCUUAUGAAAAUUUAGCCAGUUCACCGCUGCCAACUCUAUUUAAGCAUGUUUUGAAAUAUAUAUGUUAUUUAUAAUGAUUUAAUUUGCAUAUUAGAAAUCAGUUAGCGCAGAGUGAUUUUACUUCAAAUGCAGGUGAUGUAUCUCGGUUAAAAAUACAACGCAGUAUUCAUUUAACAGGUAUAUGCUAUAGACUAGUUAACUUUCCUAAUGCAACUGGUUUUUUUUUCUGUUAAGACACGACAUGAUAUUUAUUAAUAUAACAUACUUUUUUGUAAUAGGAACACCUGACUUCUUCUAUCGAUUAAAACGGAACUGUUUUAUUAUGCAUCAUGCAACAAGCUGGACAUGUUGAACAAAUUAAAUAUGAGAUUUUGAAUGAAUAUGACGUUAGCUUGUUGGAUUAUAGGAUGUUCGGUAGUUUCUAGAAAUUAUUU